GUAUCGAUUGGUUAAAAAUUAAUUACCACCAUCGUAUAUAACUUUACGUAGUGGUUUUCAAGUCACAAUCUUAGAGCUGUCUCACGACUCAAAGAUGGCGUCGAAACUCAUCCUCGGAGUUUUGGCCUUGAUGGUCGUCUCAACAUACGCCCGGAGCACAUACAAACGCAGCGCCAAGGCAUGUCCACCGGGAUGCCCUAACUACUGCGCACCCGCCUGCCAGGUCUCCUGCUGUCUCCCUCCUCCUCCUCCACCCCCACCACCACCACCGCCACCACCACCACCACCAGAGCCAGCACGCCCCGGACCCCCAGGACCCUCUGGAAGACAAGGACCUCCCGGACCUGUCGGACCCAUCGGACCAAUGGGCGAGGCUGGACCACCAGGACCCCCUGGCCCACAGGGACCACCCGGACCUCCCGGAGAGCCUGCUCCACCACCACCACCCCCACCACCAUGCCCAGCUAUCUGCGCCCACACAUGCGUGCCAAGCUGCCCCUCGGGAUGCUGCGCUGGCAGAAGAUAAACUCCUCUACGACGGUCUACUACCAACGCCGUCUAAACAUAACGUCGUUUUUUUUAAUUGAAGUUAUUUUGUUUUGUACAAAAAGAGCGAGGACGAAGAGGAGAAAACUUUGUUGAUUUAUUUGUUGUUUUAUGCUGAAGGCGAACUGAGAUAUUUUGUUUAUUUUUCUGUUACUCUGUGGCCACAGAUGUUUUUUUUUGAGUCUCACUGAAUUAUAUCUAUCACAUUUCAUUCACAACUAAUAUUAAUCCUGACACAAAUCGAGAGUAUACAUGUAUGUUACUUGUAAAGGCGAGAAGAGUCGACUUUGUAUUAAAAGUUACAAGCUGAAA